ACCACAGUCAGCUCGGACCAUGGCGGAAGAGGACGACGCGGGGAUUCGGAUUUUACAGAGCCUGCGGGGGAAAAUAUGUGAAGCUAAAAACCUGGGUCCGGUCUCAGGUCCAAAUCGACAAAGGGAUCUCUGUACCUUUUCCACCAUAAGUCUUGAUCAGGAGGAGGUGUUCCGCACCAAGGUGUUUGACAAAAGUGUCAGCCCAUUCUAUGGAGAGGACUUCUACUUUGAGAUCCCACGUACAUUUCAGUGUUUAUCCUUCUAUGUUUACGCCAAGAGCGUUUUCCAAAGGGACUUACCAGUUGGCAAGGUGUCGAUCCGGAAGGAUGACCUGUGUAAAUACAGUGGAAAGGAGCACUGGUUUAGCCUUCAUCCAGUCGAUCCUAACUCUGAAGUUCAGGGCAAGGUUCACCUGGAGAUGAAACUGAAUGAAGUGAUUACAGAGAAUGGCUCAGUAGGUCAACACUUACUAGUCCGGAUAAUCGAGUGCCAGGGACUGCCUUUGAUCAGUGGGCAGAACUGUGACCCCUAUGCCACCGUGUCACUCGUUGGACCUGCCAGGUCCGACCAAAAGAAAACAAAAGUAAAGAAGAAAACCAGCAACCCUCAGUUUGAAGAGACCUUCUUCUUUGAGGUCACGCGGUCCAGCAGCUACUCUAAAAAGUCUCAUUUCCAAGUGGAGGAGGAGGACAUUGAAAAACUAGAGAUCAAAGUUGAUUUGUGGAACAGUGAGAAUCUGGCUCAGGAUGUGUUUCUGGGGGAGACGCGGGUGCCUGUCAAGAUCCUGAGAAAUGACCAUAUCCACAAGGCCUGGUAUCUCCUCCAACCUAAAGGCAACGGCAGCAAGUCCAAGUCUGAUGACUUAGGAUCGUUGCGUUUGAAGCUGACCUACAUAGAAGACACGGUGCUGCCAUCUGCCUACUACACACCACUCUGCAACCUGCUGCUCAAAUCCCCAGAUGUGAAGCCCAUCUCGGCGUCAGCAGCACACAUCUUGGGGGACAUCUGCAGAGAGCGAUAUGAGGCUGUUCUGCCCAUGGUUCGACUGCUGCUCCACCACAAUCGUUUUGUGCCUUUUGUCUCUGCUGUGGCGGCGCUAGAGCUGGACAACACUCAGGAGGCUAACACUAUAUUCCGUGGCAACUCACUGGCAACGCGCUGCAUUGAUGACAUGAUGAAGAUUGUGGGAAAGAACUACCUGGCUGUUACCCUGAAGCCUGUAAUAGAUGAGAUUUGUGAAUCCAACAAAACAUGUGAGAUUGACCCCAUUAAACUAAAGGAAGGGGACAAUGUGGAGGUCAACAAGGAGAAUCUUCAGGUUUAUGUGCAGAAAGUCUUCUCCUCCAUCACCCAGUCCAGUGCCAGCUGUCCCCCACUAAUGUGUGAUGUCUUCAGGUCACUGAGACACUUGGCCUGCAAACGCUUCCCAGCUGACCCUCAUGUUCAGUACUCAGCUGUCAGCAGCUUUGUGUUCCUGCGGUUCUUUGCUGUCGCCGUUCUUUCUCCACACUCCUUCCAACUGCGUUCCCAUCAUCCUGAUCCUGAGAUUUCCCGCACACUCACACUCAUCUCAAAAACCAUCCAGACACUUGGCAGCUGGGGUAGUUUGUCAAAAAAACUGUCUAGUUUCAAAGAAACCUACAUGUAUGACUUCUUCAAAUCAUUCCAAGAAGAUAAGUGUAUUGAAAAAGUUAAACAGUUUCUUGAUGAGAUAUCUUCUAACGUCUCCAAAGGGUCCAGCGGGUUGGAGGACGCCGUGGUUCUCAAGGAGGGGGAAGUACAGAAACGUGGCCAGGGGAGAAAACGCCUCGGCAAGAAAAACUUUAAGAAGAGAUGGCUGCGAGUGACCAACAGAGAGCUCUCCUACCACAAACAUAAAGGGAAAGAGGCCCUCUGCGUCAUCAAUGUCAAAAAUAUCCAGGCAGUGGAGAAACUGGAUGAAAGUGCCUUUAACCGCAAAAAUAUGUUUCAGGUGAUCCACUCUGAGAAACCACUGUACGUGCAAGCAGGAAACUGUGUAGAAGCCAGCGAGUGGUUGGAGGUCCUGAGCCAGGUCAGUCGCUGUAACGAGGGACGUCUCGCUACUUUCCACCCAUCCAAUUACACCAGCGGAGCCUGGCAGUGCUGCAAAAGCCAGAGUAACAACGCACCAGGCUGUAAGCCCUGCACAACCACCAUGCUGGCCAACCUGCAGCUGGACAUAGACUGCGAUCGGGAAACUGAGAGAAUAUUCUCCCUCCUCUCUUCAAACGACACCAAGCUCCAGAACAUGGAGGAUGCAUGUGCCAGUAUGGCAGUGUACCAGGGCCCUCAGCGAGAGCAGGAGGAGUACUCCAAGUUCACCAUUCAGGAACCCAAAGAGACCUUUCAGACACUCAAACAGCUCCGAAACAUCAUGGAGGAGCUUCAGAGGCAGCACAACAUCAGGAGCGACACCACAGCGCAGUACGGCAGCCUGGACAACCCCAUCGUGGGGAAAACCUCCUAACCAGGGCAAGCAGGUGUGGCCUGAGACAGCCAUGCCAGCAGGUGGCAGUACACCACAAAGAGCACCACAGUGACACACCGAUGGGCGUCCCGAAGGAGCCCCGGAAGUUGUUCCAGCAAAGGACGCCCACCGUGUGUCCAGGAGAAGUACGAGCGAUACACCCUGACCUCCAGACAUCAUGAGUCCACUACAGCAGUGACAGCCUAAGAACAGGAAGUCCAACGAACUCGGUCCUCGAAACGAGCGACCCCUUAGGCGUUGUCGCCACCUCCUCCCCUCCUCUGCCUUUAGGUACCUUCUAAAGAGACUCUUUCCUUGUCUUAAUUCAUGUCCUCUUUUACAGCUGUGUGAAAAAGGCAUCAUUAGAUGGUGUGUGAAUAGGCUGCUAAUUUUUUUUAUUCACCCAGUUUUAUAUCGACAGCUGUGAUGAUGCUCUCACAAUCUUUUUUUUUUUUUAAGGAUUUGCUCUGACAUCUGUCCUAAGAGUUGAAUGAUAAUCAUCAUCUUUCUGGAGGACUGUCCUCCAUUUGUGCCCGUGUACACUAUAUACACUCUUUCUCUACUCUCGUAGUGUCCUUCCUCUUCUGAACAAAUGUAUAUAUUUUCAGAGUUAAGUAGAAAAAAAAACCGACCUGCCUUACUUUGAUGGAUGUGUCUUUCACAUUAAAUGCUGAGGGAAUAAUGCAGAAGCACUUUAAAUAUUUGGAGCACUCCAAAUGAGAGAAAUGAUUAGAUACUUGGUAUCAGCUUCCCCAUUUUUGAUCAGUUACAUGAUCUCCAGUACGUUUAUGUUUCAUUCCUGUACAAUAACAUUUAUAUAGCCUGUAGAUUUUAAGAUAUUUUUCUUGACCAAAGACAAUUUCAUAGGUUUGACUUGAAAAAAAGAAUUAAUGUAUUUUGAAUACAAAUCUUUUAAAAAUG